CAGGUCGCCCCCUGGGCCCUCCCCCCGUCACUCCCUCCCCCUGACCCCGCGCCCCUGCCCCCAGGUGGUGGAGCCCGGACCGCGGUUCCGGGGACAGGUGAGCGGCUGGCGGGCGCGCAGGGCCCCUCCUCCCCCGCGCCUCCCAGAUGGGCAGCGGGAGGCUUUGGAGGCUGCGCCGGGGCUCUGAGCUGCUCUAGGUUUGCAGACCGGCUGGGCGUGGGUCACAGACAUGGCCCAGCCGCUGAACUUUGUCCUCAAUGUUCCCGAGACCCCAGAGGACCACAGCAGCCAGGAGCCCAGCCCCUAUGAUGAGAGUGAAGUCCAUGACUCCUUCCACCAGCUCAUCCAGGAGCAGAGCCAGUGGGUGGCUGAGGAGGGGCUGGAGCUGCAGCAGAGGGAGCCGGGGCCUGGAGGCCCAGAGACCUCAGGCUGUGGCCAGCACGCCCUGCCGGGGCCCGAGGAUGCGCUUGCACACAGCGCAGCCACGCUCCGCGUCUUGGCCAGCAUGCCCAGUCGCACUAUCGGCCGUAGCCGCGGUGCUGUCAUCUGCCAGUACUACAACCGCUCGGUGCGGCUGCGGCGCAGGGUCAGCCGGCCGGAGCUCAAGGGCGUGGGGCGCUCGGCGCGGCCCAGCCUCCGCCUCUACGACCUGGAGCUGGACCCCGCGGCCCUGCAGGAGGAGGAGAAGCGCUUCCUCCUGGUGAAGGAGCUGGAGGGCCUGCCGGUGGCCCAGCGGAACCACAUGCUCCGGGGAAUGCCCUUGGGCCUGGCCGAGAAACGCUGCCUGCGAGAGGAGACCCAGACCCCGACGGAGAAGCAGAGGGGCCGGCAGGGCCCGCGUGGGCUCUUCCCCUGCUGUGGCCGGCUCCGAGAUGCCUGCGUCCUGGCCCUGCACAGCCUGGGGCUCGGGCUGCUCGCGGGUCUGCAAGCCCUGAAGCCGUGGCGCCACGCCCUGAAGCAGAUCGGAGGCCAGUUCGGCUCCAGCGUGCUCUCCUACUUCCUCUUCCUCAAGACCCUGCUGGCCUUCAACGCCCUCCUGCUGCUGCCGCUGCUGGCCUUCAUCGUGGGCGUGCAGGCGGCCUUCCCGCCGCCAGCGCCCCCGGGCUCUGUCCCCAGCUUCAUGGGCCUGGAGCUGCUUACCGGCGGGGGCCGCUUCACCCACACUGUCCUGUAUUACGGCUACUACAGUAACAGCACAGUGAGCCAGCCGUGUGUGCCCCCCCCGGGGGGUGGUCAGUGCAGCCGCGAGGCCGACAGCCUGCCCUACAGCAUGCCCUUGGCCUACCUCUUCACUGUGGGCCUAGCCUUCUUUAUCACCUGCAUCACCCUGGUGUACAGCAUGUCCCACUCUUUCGGGGAGAGCUACCGGGUGGGCAGCACCUCAGGGGUUCAUGCCGUCACCGUUUUCUGCUCCUGGGACCACAAGGUGACCCAGAGACGGGCCUCCCGCCUCCAGCACGACAACAUCCGAACCCAUCUGAAGGAGCUGUUGGCCGAGUGGCAGCGACGGCGGGGCUCCCCGAGCGCGUGCGGGCAGCUGCGGCGGGUGGCCGUGCGAGGGCUCGUGUGGCUGCUGUCCCUGGGGACCACGCUGGGCUGCACCGUGGCCGUCUAUGCCUUCUCCGAGCUCAUGAUCAAGAGCCCCGUGUCUGUCGAGCAGGAGGGGGCGCUGCUGGCCCUGCCCGUGGUGGUCUGCCUCCUCAACCUGGGGGCCCCCUACCUGUUCCGCUGCCUGGCGGCCCUGGAGCGGCACGACUCGCCGGUGCUGGAGGUGUACGUGGCCGUCUGCAGGAACCUCAUCCUCAAGAUGGUCAUCCUGGGCAUUCUUUGCUACCACUGGCUGGGCCGCAGGGUGGGCACCCUGAAGGACCAGUGCUGGGAGAACUUUGUGGGCCAGGAGCUGUAUCGGCUCAUGGUGCUGGACUUCAUCUUCGUGCUGCUGGACACGCUGUUCGGGGAGCUGGUGUGGAGGCUCAUCUCUGAGAAGCAGCUUAAGAGGAGGGAGAAACCGGAGUUCGACAUUGCCGGGAACGUUCUGGAGCUGAUUUAUGGGCAGACCCUGACCUGGCUGGGGGUCCUCUUCUCUCCUCUCCUCCCUGCCAUCCAGAUCGUCAAGCUGCUGCUCAUCUUCUAUGUCAAGAAGACCAGCCUGAGGGCCAACUGCCAGGCGCCCCGCCGGCCCUGGCUGGCUUCGCACAUGAGCACCGUCUUCAUCUCCUUGCUCUGCUUCCCCUCCUUCCUGGGAGCCGCUGUCUUCCUCUGCUUCGCUGUGUGGCGGGUGAAGCCCUCGAGCACCUGCGGCCCGUUCCGGGGCCUGAACAGCAUGUACGAGGCGGGCAAGGCAUGGGUGCGCCAUCUGGAGGAGGCGGGCCCCAGGGUCUCCUGGCUACCCUGGGUCCACCGGUACCUGGUGGAGAACACCUUCCCCAUCUACCUGGUGUCGGCCCUGCUGCUGGCGGUGAUCUACCUCCACAUCCAGGUGGUGAAGGGCCAGCGGAGGGUCAUCUGCCUCCUCAAGGAGCAGAUCAGCAACGUGAGUGCCCUGCCGCCCCCAGCCCGGCCGCAAGAGGCUCUGUUUGCCCCACAAAUGACACCCGGCCCUGCGGGGGGCCGUACGAAGCGGAGCGGGAGUGAGGCAGCCCCGCCCUGGGGCGCCCUCAGGGACAGGGCUCCCGCCCUGGGGGGGUGUGGAUCGCGGCCCCGGCAGAGAAAGGCGGCAUUUUCGGGCAGGCGGCCCCGCGGGGCUGCGGUCUCUGUGAGGGUCUUGGAGGUACUGGAAAUAGCCCUUGGGCUUCUUGGGGGACCCGCACCAGGACAUGGACCCUGUUCAUUGCCCUCGUUUUCCAAACAAGUGGAGUAAGUUAAACGCGAGCCCGGGUUUUCGUCCUUUGUAUUAAGCACGUUCGGUUUGUUGUAAGUGUGAGAGGCAGGGUGGGCUGAGACGCCCGGAGGCGGCUCCCUCCCGGGACCCCCACUGCACCGUCGGCCCCUGGGGAUCCGCCGGCCCGAGCUGCUCAAGCCCACCCCAGAGGCGGCCCAGCCCGGCCCCGUGGACCGUCCCUCCCUGCUUGGCUGCUGGGCCUCGCGUCCGGUUAAAAGCCAGCGACCACGGAAUCUGGAUCACUCGGGCUGGCAUUUUCCUAGCCGGGGGGCGCGUCCUGCCGGGGUCUGCUCAGCCGGACCUGCCAGCGACGGCGGGUCCCCGCAUAGACGCUGGGUGGGCUCGGGCCUCGCCGUCACUCUCCCCGCGGCCGUUCCCCUUCCGCAGAUUCUCACUGUCCCCUGGACGCUUGGGCCACUGUGCCGGUGGCCUGGCGUUCACACGGGGCUGGGGGUUGCGCCUCCUCCGGGUGUGUGCUGGGGGCCACCUGGGACGCUGCCUUAGGAGGACUCGGGGGUCAGGCGCGGGGUGUCAGCCAUGGCAGGCCAGGGCUGGGGUGCGGUAGGCGUGGGCCCCUCCUGCUGGCUUACUGAUGCAGGGCCUGGGCCCCAAGCGGGAAGGUCCCUUAGGGACAGCGCCCACUUCUUAGGGGGUUCAAGUAACACAAUGGGAGGCCCCCAUCUCCUUCCCUUAUACACACGGGCGUCUUGGCGCGCCCACAGGGAGCACGGCGUAAGGCCAGGCAUUCUGGCUGAGGCGGUCACCUGGCCACAGCUGGCGGAAGCGGGUCUUUGCCAGCUGGCUCCCACCCGCCCUACUGUGUAGUGCACCAAGCCCUGCGGGUACCUUCGGGGUACCGGGGGUGGAGGUGGGGCUGGUAGAUGCACAGCAGCGUCGGGAGGAGGAUCCCAGCUCCACCUGCUAGUUCUCCGGGAGCUUUGGAAAGGCCCUCCGGGCAGGCCCUUGCUGCAGCCCGUGUCCGCCCCCCCCCCCCCCCC